AUGUUGCAGGCACAAUGGAUAUAUCCUACUAUCUCACUAUACCAGCCCCGGCCUGUAUAUCCAUUAAAUCCGGUUUAUCCCCAUAAGACUCCAUACCCAAAGCAAGAGCAACAUGAUUCAUGUAGCACGACGCUUGAUGACCUCUACUUAUUACUGGAACUUGCAAAAAUACUAGAAGAAGAUGAAAAGGAGAGCCCCAACCCUCCGCCACAUAGUGGACUGAGCGAAGAAAUCAUAAUGAAGUUAGUUAACGCUUUAAUCUACACGGCUACGCAGAACUGUGGCCCACAACGUACUGACACAAACUGUUACUGUUCUAAAUGUGGUGGAAAAUGUAGGUGUGGUGCUGUAUCAGGUGGAAAUGGUGGUACCGUGAGUCAAGGUGGUGGGGCAGGUACGAGUGGAGGUGGACUUGGCGUAGGGUUAGGGCUUGAUGUGGACCUAGGUGGGGUAGGUUCUCUAGUAGGAAACGUACUCGGCAAUGAUGGUUCAAGGAGAGCUACGGAUAGAUCCAACGGUCUAGGUGUAGGUUUAGAACUAGAUGUUGGACUAGGUAAUACUGAGUAUUCAGCAGGAAAUGUAGUCAGUGGCAGUGGACUAGUAAGAGGUACUAGUAGUGGUAGAGGUGACCAUGGAGGGUAUACGAGCGGACAUGACUAUCAAGCAGGAGGAAGAGGGGGCAGUAGCGGCAGGAGUACGGGAUAUUCGGGAUAUGCAGGAUAUUCGGGCGCAACUAGUAGUGGGGGAAGCGGUGGACUUGUCGGUGGAGUCGGCGGACUUGUGAAUGGAGUCGGCGGAGUAUUGGAUGGAGUUGGAGGACUUGUGAAUGGAGUCGGCGGAGCUUUAGAUGGAGUUGGAGGACUUGUGGGUGGUGUCGGUGGAGCUUUAGAUGGAGUUCCGAAUUCAGGAUAUUCGGGCGCAACUAAUAGUGGUGGACACGGUAAACAUGUGGGGGGAGGCGAUGGGCUUGUCGGUGGAGUCGGCGGACUUGUGAAUGGAGUCGGCGGAGUUUUGGAUGGAGUCGGAGGACUUGUGAAUGGAGUCGGCGGAGCUUUAGAUGGAGUAGGAGAUCUUGUCGGUGGAGUCGGUGGAGCUUUAGAUGGAGGAUCGUAUUCAGGAUAUUCGGGCGUAACUAAUAGUGGUGGACACGGUAAACAUGUGGGGGGAGGCGAUGGGAUUGUUGGUGGAGUCGGCGGGCUUGUGAAUGGAGUCGGCGGAGUUUUGGAUGGAGUCGGAGGACUUGUGAAUGGAGUCGGUGGAGCUUUAGACGGAGUUGGGGGACUUGUGGGUGGAGUUGGCGGAGCUUUGGAUGGAGUCGGAGAUGUUGUGGGUGGAGUUUUGAAUUAAGUCGACUAACUAUUUGGAGGCUUAGAAAAAGAUGAUGUUCUAGCUAGAUUGCCGGUAUUUUAUGGUAUUUUAA